AUGGGCGCCGGCGCGUCGGACCUCGCGGCACCGGCGGAGGCGCCGGGGUCCGGGCUGGGCGACAUGCCGGAGCUGUGCGCGGCGGAGGUGCUGCUCCGGCUGGGCGCGCCCGACAUAUGCCGGCUCGCGCGGCUCAACCGCGCGUUCCGCAGCGCCGCGGCCGCCGACUUCGUGUGGGAGGCCAAGCUGCCGGAGAACUACGGGUACCUCAUGGGCUUCGUGCGUGGCAGCGGCGGGGAGGACGUGGAAGGGGGUGGGAAGAGGAGCGCCUUGGGGAAGAAGGAGGUCUACGCCAGGCUCGCCAAGGCCGUGCGGUUUGACGACGGCAAAAGGGAAUUCUGGUUGGAGAAGAGCACCGGCAUGGUUUGCAUGGCAUUAUCCUCGAAAUCGUUGGUGAUAACGGGGAUCGAUGACAGGAGAUAUUGGGUUCAUAUGCCAAACACAGAGUCUAGGUUCCAGUCCGUGGCGUACCUGCAGCAAAUCUGGUGGUUCGAGGUGGUCGGGGAGAUCGACUUCCGCUUCCCGGCGGGGACCUACAGCCUCUACUUCAGGCUCCACCUCGGGAAGCCCUCUUCUUCCAGGCACGCCGGCCGCCGCGGCUGCGGCUCCGAGAAGAACGCCGGCAGCGGCAUCCACGGCUGGGACAGGAAGCCCGUGCGGUUCCAGCUGUCGACGUCCGACGGCCAGAACGCCGUGUCGCAGCGCUACCUGGACGACGAGCCGGGGAGCUGGGCCCUGUACCACGCCGGCGACUUCGUGGUGGCCCCCGACACGGAGGAGCACGGUCACGGGCGGCCGGUGAGGGUCAAGUUCUCCAUGGCGCAGAUCGACUGCACCCACACCAAGGGCGGCCUCUGCGUCGACUCCGUGCUCGUGUACCCCAGGGGAUUUCGGACAGAGAGAGUGGUUGAUGCUCAGACGUGA